AUGCAGAUCUUCGUCAAGACGCUGACCGGCAAGACCAUCACGCUCGAGGUCGAGCCCUCCGACUCGAUCGACAACGUCAAGGCCAAGAUCCAGGACAAGGAGGGCAUCCCGCCCGACCAGCAGCGACUCAUCUUUGCGGGCAAGCAGCUCGAGGACGGUCGCACCCUGUCCGACUACAACAUCCAGAAGGAGUCCACCCUCCACCUGGUGCUUCGCCUGCGCGGCGGCAUGCAGAUCUUCGUCAAGACGCUGACCGGCAAGACCAUCACGCUCGAGGUCGAGCCCUCCGACUCGAUCGACAACGUCAAGGCCAAGAUCCAGGACAAGGAGGGCAUCCCGCCCGACCAGCAGCGCCUCAUCUUUGCGGGCAAGCAGCUCGAGGACGGUCGCACCCUGUCCGACUACAACAUCCAGAAGGAGUCCACCCUCCACCUGGUGCUUCGCCUGCGCGGCGGCAUGUGA